ACACAGAACUACUAGUAUUUUCUAUGUCCUUGUUCUGAUGUCUGAUCACUUAUUUUUUUUUAAGUCACAGAACCUUUAGCACCGAAGCGGGAUAAAAAAUGUCUGCCAUUGCCCUUUCCACUCCGUUGGUCAGAUCCAGCUACACAGGCCUGAAACCCAGUUCCCCGAAGCUGUUCCCGGCGAAGGAUUCGAUCGGGUGGAGGUUGAAAACUGUCUCCAAUGGCUCCAGGACUCACUGUAUGAAGACAUGGAAUCCAAUCAACAACAAGAAGUUCGAGGCGCUCUCGUAUCUCCCACCUCUCUCAGAUGAGUCGAUCGCAAAGGAGAUCGAGUAUAUCAUUCGAAAGGGAUGGAUCCCCUGUAUCGAAUUCGACGAGGUGGGUCAUGUGCAUAGGAGUAAUAGCAGGAUGCCUGGGUACUAUGAUGGUAGAUAUUGGACACUGUGGAAGCUACCCAUGUUUGGGUGCAGCAACUCAUCUCAGGUGCUGGAGGAGAUCCAUGAGUGCAAGAAGAUGUAUCCCAACGCCUAUAUCCGUUGCUUGGCCUUUGACAACAAGCGACAGGCUCAGUGCAUGGCCUUCGUCAUUCAAAAACCAUCCACAGCCUCCACUACUACCAACACCGCCUGCGGCUGCCCUUAAUUAGGUCACUUGCUCUCUCUCUCUGUCUCUGACUCUCUCUGCUUUCUCCCGUGGUAACUUUUGUCUGAUCUUUUUUUUUUUAGUGCAAAUAAGGUGAUACGAUAUGAAGUGACUUUGGUUUGGUGGGUAGUUUCUAGUUUUUAAUGAUAGUAUAGAUUAUAAUAAGAGUCUCUCUCACAUGUGAGGAGCCCAUGGUUUUAUUUACUUUUUGGGUCCAGUAUGUAUUUUGUUUUGAUAGGUGGUACAAAUGUAAGUGCUAAAUGGAACGGUUAAAGUAAUUACGUGGGACCUGUUCUGUUGGGCUAGCUGUGUUCAUGAUCGCUACACCAAGCCCUUCAAUAUCAAUGGGCCAUUUCAAAUGGGUUUCAA